GAGUGGAGGACGCCAUGUGCUUUUGAAUGUUUCGGUGUGACUGGAUAAUUAAGUGAGUGUGGAGUGUUGGUGCCGCAGGGAUUUAUUUUCCUCAAGAGUAGAGAAUUUGAUUUCUGAAGAUGUAUUGCGCCCUGCACUGUAUACGCUACUCUCUGCGGAUAGCCGCUAAAACACACCGGAGUCAUCUGUCAGCACCAGCAUUGCACGCCCUGCGAGCGCUCCACAGCAGUCCUGCCUGUCUGUCUGAUGCUUUAGCUGCGCCGCCCUUUGAUGGAGCACCCAAGCAAUACUCACCCAAAAUCCAGCAGCUGGUCAGCGAUAUAGCCAGUCUAACUCUGCUAGAGGUGUCAGAUCUCAAUGAGCUGCUUAAGAAAACUCUUAACAUUCAGGAUGUGGGCAUGAUGCCCAUUGGAGCAGUGGCUGCAGCACCAUCUGCCACAGCAGCACAGGCAGAGGAAGAAGAUGCAGCCCCAGCGAAGAAGGAAAAAACGCAUUUCACAGUGAAACUGACAGAGCUGAAGGCAGCUGAUAAAGUGAAACUGAUUAAAGAAGUGAAGAACUGUAUUCAGGGCUUAAAUCUUGUACAGGCCAAGAAGAUUGUUGAAUCCCUGCCACAGGAGAUCCGGCCUAACGUUUCCAAAGAGGAAGCAGAGAAGCUUAAAGCAGCGCUAGAAGCAGCAGGUGGCACUGUGGUUCUGGAGUAGAUUUCAUCAUGGCAUCACAACAUUUAACCUCUUCAUUACUGUCUGUGUUUUUUUUUUUUUUUUUUUUUUACAACAAAGAUAAAAGGAAUUUUUGGAGAAUAGAAAGCUUGGUCUACUGGUGACUGUCUGGGUGUGUGAACUCUUGGACUGAACUUAAGCAAGCCUUGGGCUUGCAGACUCUCACCACCCAGUCAUCAGAUCUGCCUGUCAAAGUAUUGUAGCCACAGAGCUAUUGACGGGUUGGCCUGAACAGUACAGACAAAUAAUGUCUGUAUGUCUGUGUCUCUUACAUGGAGUGGGGAUGCAUGUCCUGGAUGUAAGGACAUGAUAUCCAUUGCCAGUGGUUAAAUAAAUACAUACUACAUAUACACUA